AUGAAGCACUUGAAGAAUGACAAAACCGGCAAAACGGUAGCAAUCACCAAAACAAAAUUUAAAAAAACGCGGCCAUCUCAACGAACAGAGGCGUCCAUCUCCAACCACCUCCGAAACAACCCUAACAAAUCCAAGCUCAGCCCAUUCGACUUAGCAAAGCUGAUCGAGAAGCUCGUCUUUGCGCUGAAGACAGUAGGUGAUUCGGAGGAUGUCAAGAGUUAUCUUGAUGGCGCCUUCGAGGAUGCUGAGUCUUGUCAACAGGUUAGAACGAAUUGCCAAGAUUUAAAGUCACUUCUUCAACAAAUUGGGAAUAGAGGUGACAGCUCCAACAAUGACUUACCAGCUACUUUGGCUCGGUACGAUCAGUUCAUGGUACUUAGAUCUGACAGCUCGUCGAUGUAUUUAUGUCGACCGAUUGAGGUUUUCGAGUUCAACAAAACAUCUUACAACAGGCGGAAGACUCUUGGACUCGUGAGAACGCAAGGCACCACGUUCCCUCUGAUGUGCGCCCUGUCGGGCUUGGAAGUGCCCGUUAAAGAACACCCAAUGAUACUGGACAAUGGAAAAUGGCUUGUUUUGGUGAAAAGAGUCGCAAAAUUCUUCGGGCACGAGUUCAAGGGGACGCAAUAUGACUCUUGGGAUACAAGGCCUCAGGGUGAUGUCCAAGCAUCUCAUGUCGAACCAUUCUUGAUGCUAUGGUAUGCUCUCUAUUUAGUCAGAAGAGUUCUGGGAAAGGAAAUGCCGGAUGAGAAGCUACUAGGACACUUGUAUCUUCUAAAAGCAAGAGGAGAGAACUUCGAAGCGGAGAUUCUUCUGAGCAAGUGGUCAUGUAGACCAUGCCAGAAAUUUCUGAAGAGAUUUCAGGAUUUCACGGGGAUUACUUUCUCAUUCAAAGACUUUGACAACUACGCACCAGUUCUGCCUUUGAAGAAUGAACAAAAUGAAGCUUAUUAUGCUCGAUACGGUAGCUACGACGAUGAAGAAGAGCUUGAGCUAGCUGUUCAGCUAGCAAUGGAGAACAUCUAUGAAAUCAAAAAGGCGAGGAGCAGGCCGGUUGUGGAGCUACCUCGAGUUCAAGAUCUCUUCGAGAAUACUUCCCAGAAAGGUCACCACCAGACAGCGACAAACACUUCAACAGGCACCACUUCGCUUCAAAUAAGUCGUAUUCGUCAUUUCAUGUGCGAUGCAUCCCAGCGUCAGGUCAAGACUAUCAUGCUACAAGCAAAUGUGAAAGUCUUGACGAAUGAGAAUAAAUGCACAACGCAACUUGUCGACGGCACUUCCAAAACUGUAUCUGGAAGAGAUACGAAACCUGCAGAGAAACUGCAGCCAGCACCAGGAGGUGAAACCUUUUCUUUGGAAGCUAGAACACGAGCCAAGCUUUUGAAGAGAAGACAGCGAAGAAGACGCUCAGAAUCUCCAUUGCUCAAAGAGAAGGAUAGAUGGGCUGGGUAUGGCUCUACCCACACAAGACAUGGCCGUAAAGGUCGAUUCCUGACAUUUUGA